AUGGGUAUGGAGAAAUCACUGGGUUUCGUUGUGUCACUAAAACCACUGAAAUUAGAUUCUGAGAAUUUUGGAUACUGGAAAGUCAUGAUCAAGCAGGCCAUCUUGAGCGUUGAUGUGGAAGUGUGGAUUGCCGUGGAGGAUGGCUGGUCAUCUCCUAUGUUCAAGGAUGAGAAAGGUGAUAUUGUUCUCAAGGAGAAGAUGAAAUGGACCAAUGAGGAAAAAGCAAAAUCUAAGUAUAAUUCCCAAGCAAUAUUAGUUAUCUUCAAUGCUCUGUCAAUGGAGAUCUUCAUCCUGGUACAGGGGUGUGUGUCUGCCAAGGAAGCAUGGAACUUUUUGGAGGUUCUGUUUGAAGGCACAAGCAGUGUUAGGCGCACUAGACAGGAUAAUCUUGCAUCUCAGUUUGAGAAACUACACAUGACUGAGAAUGAAUCUGUUGCUAACUAUAGUAGUAGACUGAAUGCAAUCGUACAAAAGGCUGCAGUUUUGGGAAAAUGA